GCCGCAGUCCCACAGUCAUUCCAGCGACGACGACCGGAGGUUCAACAUCGUGGGAGAAGUUUGUUCACAUUCUCGUAAUAUUUGACCACAGGAUAACAUAUUUGAUAGCUUUUGAGCUGUUUUCUUUCAUUGGCACUCUGUGAAAGACAAAUUUUGAGGUGUUUCUCUACAUAAUAGUCGUUUCGUUCGACGCUUUUAUAAGAAGAUCUUUGUCUACAGUUGGAACUGCCUUCGGCAGAAAAGCUGAGCAAUGGCUUCCCAGGUUGGCUCACACUCCGAUAUGGCACAGGCUCGUCAGAGCGACGGCCUCAACGUGAUCUUCGACCAGAAAAGCCCCGGCUCUUCUCAUUCCCGCUCUCGCUCACGGUCAGUGAGCAGCUCCGCCAGCAGCCGCUCCACCGGCUCCGGCUACAGAGGGCGUAAAACCCGCCAGGGGCGCCACAGGUCUUCGUCCUCGUCAUCUUCAUCGUCUUCUAGGAGCAGGUCCUCCUCUCGCUCCAGGUCCCGUUCCAGGUCCCGCUCCUACCCUCGUUGCCACCGACAUUCCUCCCGCUGUCGGUGCGAUGACCACCGCAGUUAUGGCGGCAGCCGAUACCGCCGCUCCCCACCGCGGCGCUACAGGGCACACUCUCGCUCCUUCAGCCGCUCCCCACCCCGCCGCUAUCGGGGACGUUCUCGCUCCUACAGCCGCUCCCCACCACGCCGCUACAGGGUGUAUUCCCGCUCCCCCUCAUCAGACCGAUAUUACCGCCAUCGCAGAAACUACAGGUCCAGGUCCCGUUCUUGGUCCCCAGCACGCUGGAGCAGGUACAGGAGACCUGUGAGUCAGCUGAGGUGCAGAUUCUCCCGCUCUCCUUCCAGGCCCUACAGGGGGCGAUCGCGCUCCAGGUCAUCCGGACGUUCUGUUAGUUUAAGCCUGCGUGACAAAAGAGAACUCCUUGAAGUUGCCCAGGCCAAUGCCAUGCGGAUGCUUGGAGUGGAGAAGCUGGACCUUCCUGAAAGCGUGAAGCCCAUCCUGUCAGAGAAGCCAGAGGGCCGAAGUUCUUCACCAGAGCCAAGGCACGGCUCCCAAAAGACUGUCUCAGAGGACUCUGCGGAGCCUGGUGUGUCCAGCCCGAGGAUUGAAAGCAGGAAAAUUGCUUUCAGUGUUAAUAAUUCUGUUGCCAAACCAACAGUGGUGGCUCCAUCACCUGCCAAGGUAACUCCCAGGGUUGACAGCGUUGAAAGCCGGAAGCCCUACGGCCACUGGAUUCCCAUCAGUUCAGGGCAAAGCUCCAGUCCGAGCAAACACGCUUAGGCCAUUUGUAUGGCAGGGCACAUGGACGCUGUAAAUAAUGUACAUAUUUUGUAAAUAUAAUUCCGUGGUUUUCUUUCAGAUGUUAAAGAGUUAAAUGGGAUGCAAUGAAGAAUUCAUUCAGGUGGGAUUAUUCCUUUUUUGUUGUAUUGUUAAUUUAAGCAUUCAAUAAAGAAUUGAAUAAAAAAA